UCGUUGGCCUACCACUCAGCCUCACGCCCCGAGUCGUGCGAAACCUAUCCUGGCCGCCUCGCCGUGCCAUACUCCCUUGUACAUGGUAAUUGAGAAAGAGGAGGAAUCUUGGAUGUUUGGACAGUAGAGGAUUAUCCUCAUACCAACGUAAUAAACGCCUGCAUACGUUAGAAAUGGGCCUCAUGGACUCGCCUACCGAACGCAUGCCCAUUGCAUGCGUUCACUGUGCAAAGGCAAAGGCAAAGUGUGACAAGAAGGUCCCAUGUUCGAGAUGUGUGAGCAAACAGAUUGUGUGCCAGUCGAGGGCUACUCGGCGUUCUUCCCAUAAUCCUAAUCGGCGCAACAACCCUCCUCCUCCUCUCACGCGACCUCAUUCUGAGCGUGCUCUGCACAGCUCGGCUUCGUUCCAAGUAUCACCACUGACUCAUUUCUCGGCCCCUCCUCCUCCGCAGCACGGACAUCCGCAUGUGAAUGGAAUAUCUCCUCAUGUUAUGAGUCCGAACACGAUACCGCCUCAUCGUCUGAGCCUUUCGGAUGGAUCUCACCCGGUACCUAUCGCCCCAGCGAUGUUCACACCAGAUAUGGAUUCACAGAUGCCUCGAAACCCUUUCUCACAUACACCGCCUGAGAUGACGAUACCCGUCACUCCCAUGAUGCCCAACAUGCCCCAAAUGGAGAGUUUCAUACAAAUGCAGGGAACGCCUUAUGACCAUGAUUCGGACAACCACUUUUUGGCCAUGGGUGGCGCUCAAGCAAGCAUGAUCGACUUCGAUGCCACCAACUUCUUUCCGGAGUUCAUGACACCCCCUCCAGGCAUGCUUCAUGAUACCAACGACCAGUUUCUGAUGAGUGGGAAGAUGGGAAUGCACACACCCAAUCAGAUGCAUUUUCACAUGCAGAUGCAGGAAGGAUCGACCCCAUUUGCAUUGCGCCUGGAUUUGGAAAGUCCGCAGAAUCAGCCGCAUCGGCCCCCAACGGCGGUUGGCCUUUCGCCCUCCAGUUCUUCCACCACCAGUGGCUUACAGGAGCCUGAUGCGGUCCUGGCAGCACAUCACGCCUGGCCGUUCUUCCAGUGUAACCGCGUAGAGAAGUAUUCUUUUGCCCCGCCGAAAACGGCCGCCAUCUAUCUCGAAGGACUGGCUCAAACUCUGCGAAACCAAUCCACCUGGACGGCAUGGACAGCCCAGCUGGACGAGUCCUGUCUCGACAUAUCCACCGAAAGAAAAAUCGCCACUGAACCGAUAGUAGGAUGGUCCAGGGAAAAGCUUCUUGCUAUAACCCAAGGCUUCCUUCAUAAAGCGUUGGACAUUCACAAGGCCGACCAUGCUGCGCGAGACGACUCACCUUCUAGUCCGGAUUCCAGCCGCGAUGCGUUCUUGAUGCUGCCACCUACAGAUGUCAUGCAGUAUUUCUUGAGAAGUUAUGUGGUUCGUUAUGAGCCAUAUUACUCAUCGAUACCUGCUGGACGACUGAACCCCAACGUCCUUAUGCAAGGCAAUAACAGUAAAGCUGCAAGCUUACUGAUUCUCCUCAUGGUUGCUUCUGGGGCCAGCGCCACUGCCACGGUUGAAGCCAGAUACGUUGCUAGUGGGCUCACCGAAGCUUGCAGGCUUUCACUUUUCGACACCAUUGAGAAAGAUGUGCUCCAGUCUCGAGAAGUCUUGGUUCUCCGAUCAGGUUUGCUCUUCACGUGCCUCGCUGCUUGGUCUGGCGACAAGUGGCAUAUGGAUAUGGCUAUGGGUCAGCGUGGGAUGUAUCUUGCCAUGCUUGAUCAUUCUGGGAUGCUCAAGGGAACUGACUCGUCUAUCGACAUCAGCAAAUGCAAGCAAGAUCCAGAGAAGGCAUGGGAAGAGUGGAUAGAGCAGGAAGGUAGACACCGACUUGCUCACUCGUGGGUCACCGUUGACCAAGAGAUAAGUCUCUUCUCGGACACCACUCCAUUGAUAUCACUGGUGGAUAUUCAAGCACCUAUGCCAGACGCUGACGACCAGUGGCACGCUGACUCUGCGAAUGGCUGGCUCAGAUUGUUUGAGAAAGUUCACGGUGAUACCUACCAAAAUCCUGCAUCGCUUCGUGACUUUUUCACCAGCUUCAUUGAUGGCGAACUUGCCGGCAAGGAGCUUUCCCCCACCCAGCUGCGGCUGCUCCUGCAUCCGCUCCAAGCUCAAGUCUGUCAACUCCGGCAGUUCAUUGCCUGUUUGCCGGACGGAGGCGGUCACAAUGCAACACGUGGCGUAUCCAGGGCUGCGUCCAAGGCACGAUUGGAAGAGAUCUCCUCUUUGCUGCAGCAAUGGUAUACGAUCAGCAAGCAGAGCUUCUCCGGUAACAAGGGCACUUGCUGGACGACCUGCGCCAACCUUAUCAUGUAUCAUCUCAUAUCCCUCAACGCCAUCACCAGCUUUAAAGACAUUGAACAAUUCGCACGACGUGACGUCGCUCUUGGGGCGUUCCGAUCCGCAUCCUGGCUUCAAAUGCGAUGCAUCGACCAUCCCCAGGAAGCAUACUUUCACUGUGGCCAGAUCCUGCGCUUGAUCAGGUCGAUGCCGCGUCCAGUGCGGCCGCCUUGGUGGGCUGGUGCAGUUUAUCGUGUUGCGUUGACAGGGUGGGCAACAAGCAUGGCAAGCGGCACCUCUCGAUUUUCGCCCAUGCAGACUCAAGCAGAGCCAGACAAACCGUUCGCGAUUGACGAUCUGACACCAGAAAACGAGGCAAUCAGCAGAUACAUCAAAUACCAGGAAGGAACACCGAUGCUGUCCCGGUCGGAUGGUUCCCUGGCUCCAAUAGCAGUGCCAUCCAAUGUCCUCGAGCACUGUAUCGAAGUGUUAGAGGACGACUCGUCCAUGCGGUUGGCUGACGGCAUUAAACGCAAGCUUCGCAUGUUCAUGGCCAGUUGGAAGGACGGCAAUUGAGCCGUUGUGCGCGCCUGCACUCACGAUCAUUUCAGUCUUGGCCUCUGACGUUGCGGGCAUCGUUGUACAGCAUCUCGAUUUCUCGAUAUUACCUAAUUUUUCAGCAUUUUGCAGCAACACCGGCGUGAUGUUUCCGCCUUGUAUAUAUGACAGAUAUGAUGUCGCUUAUGAUGACGACGAUGGCAUUUCUGGGCGUUUUGGGAGGAGGAACAAGUGUUCUGACGGAUGGUACUUGGGUAUAAUUAGAUAUUGCCGGGAGGUCGGAUGCCGUUGUGCUUCGGUUGAUCUUCUGGUCCUAGCAUAUCCAUUUUGACAAUAGCAAGCUUGGAGGCUGAAAACUCGAGUCCUGUGUUGUCAAUGUUCCAUUGACUGCAAUAUUGUCAGGAAAUGUAGCUCGCUCAUGUCU